GUCUGCGAAAAGUAUGUGAACGGAGAGGCACUUGCCGCAGAUACCGUGCUGCCCCAGAGCGAUGGAGAACUCGGUUCAGUUUAUGGAAUUGAACGGGUGGGAGCACUUUCGAGAUAUCCUAGAGGAGAGGAGGCGGUCCAGUGACCUGAGCCAUGCCCUGAGGAGCUUUAACCCACAGCCGUACAAGGGCAUGCAGCCCCGCUCUUCCAGUGCCCUAAACAGGACUGUACUGGAGUCACAAUACCUGCGCUAUGUCAUUCAACAGAUGUCUGCGGAGAACGGUGAGCCUUCAGAGGUGAUCAGAGAGGAGGCUGCUGGGAUACUGGAGGAAAUGUCUCAGAACCUGCAGCUGGGCUUCAUCCGAUUCCUGGGCUUCACCUUGAGCAAAGUCUUCAAGAGGCUGUUUCGCAGGAUCCACGUUAAUGACGAGGGCCUGCAGAGGCUUCAGCAAGCCAUUCAGGAGUAUCCGGUGGUGUUGAUGCCCAAUCACAGGAGCUAUGUGGACUUCCUGGUGCUCUCCUACAUCCUCUUCACCUAUGACAUCUCUAUUCCUGUCAUUGCUGCUGGAAUCCCUCUGAUGGGGAUGAAACUGGUUGGGGAGAUCUUUCGCAGGUCAGGGGCUUUCUUCAUACGCCGCGCUAUCGGGGCAGACAAGCUGUACUGGGCAGUGCUCUCAGAGUACGUCCGAACAAUCGUACGGACGGGAUACGCUCCGAUUGAGUUCUACGUAGAGGGGUUACGAAGCCGAAGCCUGAAGUCUUUGACUCCCAAGUUAGGGAUGAUGCACAUGGUAAUAGAGCCUUUCUUCAAGGGCGAGGUGUAUGACAUCAGCCUGGUGCCCAUCAGCAUUAGCUAUGACCGCGUGCUGGAAGAGUCCCUGCUGGCCCAUGAGCUUCUGGGUGUUCCCAAGCCUAAAGAGUCGACCAUGGGGCUUUUGAAAGCCAGAAAAGUUCUCAAUGAGGAUUAUGGCACCAUGCAUGUUUGCUUCGGCCAUCCUGUCUCAGUGCGAGAACUGGCCAAGGGGAAGAUUGAUCGCAGACAGUACAAUUUGGUCCCCAGGGACCUUCCCGUGAGGCCCAGUGAGGACUGCCAGGCAUUUGUGAACACCACGGCUCACACGAUAGUGCACUUGCAGGAGGAGAAUAUGGUUUUGAGUCCAUGGAGCCUAAUGGCCACCAUCCUGAUGCAGAACCUGGAGGGCAUGGACUGGGACUCCCUUGCCCGGCAGACCCAGUGGUUGAAGGAGCUGGCACUGGGCUUCGGGGCCCACCUAGACUGGCCUGGCCAUAUGCCGUGCAGUGAGGUGAUGUCAUCUAGCCUGUCUCUCCACCGCUCUGUGGCACGCUGCGAGGCGGGGCGUGUUUUGCUGGUGGAGGAGGAGCCUCAGGGCACAGGCAGUCCAGAGGAGGGAGUGUUCCGGAAGGCCGUGACGGUGCUCAUGUGCGCCUCCUACAGGAACCAGGCCCUGCACGUGUUUGUGCGGCCCGCUGUGCUGGCAGUGGCCAUGCGCACGGCAGCCUCGUCCAGGAGAGAGGACAUCUUCACUUGCUUCAGAUUCCUUCAGGAAGUAUUUUCUAAUGAAUUCAUCUUCAUCCCAGGCAGGGGAGGAGAGGACUUUGAGGAGGCUUGCUCCUUGCUGAAGAAGUGUGGAGCCGUCCAAAUCAUGGACCAAGACAUCACAGUGAUGGAGGGAGGACACUCCACUAUGGCCUUCCUCAGAGCAAUAUUGGAGCCUUAUGUUGAAGCAUACCAGGUUGUUUUCAGAUACCUGUGUGAUGAGAGUUCACCGGUCUUCACAGAGAAGGAGUUUGUCCCUGCGGUCCGCAGCCACGCCCUCAAGCUCAUGCUCUCAGGAGCGCUGGAGUCAUAUGACGUUCUCUCAUCAGACACACAGAAAAAUGUAUUGACCGCAUUGUUGAGGUUAGACGCUGUUACAAAAUCAAGAAGAGCUGAGAAAAUGGAAUUCAGAGUCAACAAGGCAGUCAUAAACAGGAUAGGUGAUACACUAGCUGGUCGAAUCACUCCUCCAACAGCUUCUCACUCAAGACUUUAGCAUGACAUGACACUGCUCAGAACUGGGGAAAGCAGCCAGCCCCCGUACACCACUUUUUCACAAAGAGAAACUACAUUCUCAGGGUCUGCACUCAGUGCAUCAAACUGUGGUCUCACACACAUGUGCCUUGCUGGAGUAGGAUCACCUGUACAUAACCUGGAAGUCUUCCUUCCACCUCUGAUACACCUGGCCUACUUUACAUCCUGAUUAUUGUUACAUGUUUUGUUUUAACAACAUUUUCUGUAGACCACUAUUUUCACACCCUCAUAUAUCCACCUUUACAUUAUCAACGUUUAUGUUACAGGAAAUAGAUUUUUUUUUCCAUGUAGCAACCCAGCAGUGGAAUUUCCUGAGUAGAUAAUGUAUAGUAUGAUAGAGGUUAGUAUGAGUGAGCGAUUCAAUCUGUGUUUUAAUUUCUGAUUUGUUAGUUCAUCAAACACUAAGCUUGGCAGUGGAGAGCCACAAUGAUUUUUUUUAAUCCUUGCAUAAAAACGGCGGUGGCUUUCUUGGGCUAUGUUUGUAGAUAUGGUUGUAAACUAUUGAUGGAAAACCUUACCUUCAGAAUACCUUAAAAUAUUUUAUUCUUU